AUGCCUGAUGUAACGGAGGACGAAGACGUGACGCCACGUUUUCUCACCAAGUACAGCGUGGACAAGCUGUCCGAGCUAUGGGACUUAAAACCAGAAAUAUGCGCUGCACUAGGAAAACUUAAGAUUCAAUCGUUUUUUCCUGUACAGGCCGUAGCUAUUCCCAAGAUCCUGGCUAGCGACAGCGACCGCGUGACGGACAUCUGCAUCUCGGCGCCCACAGGCAGCGGCAAAACACUUACUUAUGUGAUUCCCAUCGUGCAGCGUCUACUCAAUCGCAUUGUAUGUCGCAUACGAGCGCUAAUUGUCCUUCCAAGUCGUGACUUGGCUCUACAGGUGCAUCAGGUCGUGCAGCAGUUCGUUCAUAAUACGCCACUGACAUGCGGACUGGCCAUUGGUCAGAGAAACUUUGCGGCGGAGCAGAGCGCACUUGUGGGAUCAUCUAUGAAAGACAUUAAGUCCUCUGUAAUCGAUGGAGGAAGCAGCUUGGUAGACAUUCUGGUUGCUACUCCAGGUCGGCUAGUGGACCACCUGGAACAGACGCCGGGUUUCACGUUGCAGCAUCUGCAAAUAAUGAUUGUUGACGAAGCCGAUCGGUUAUUAAACCAGUCGUACCAAGACUGGAUACAAAAAGUGUACGCAAGUGUUUUUAUCGGCCACUUGGUUGACGACGACGGUCUGGAUUUGGGCGUUGGGGUCACAUGCCGGCGCCGAGACUCCAUCAAUCGACGCCGUAUCCGCACGCCACUGACUCGGGUCUUGCUGUCUGCCACAUUGACGCGCAAUCCAAGAAAACUGGCUGCAAUUGGUAUGAGUAAUGCCGAGUUGACUAAGAUUGGUCGCAUUGAUGACCCUCUAGCUGAUAACGCAAAACAGAGCAAUGUUGAUGAAAUGGACAAUGCGAAUGAUGAAAAUGACGAAGUUGCUGAAACGACGAAGAUGUACUCAACACCUGUUAAUCUGGAUGAGUACUGGAUCGAAUGUGAUACGGGAUCCAAACCGCUCGUUCUGCUAGAGCUGCUGAGCGAAUUUGCUAACUCGCUGACCAUUGUCUUUACGGCAAGUGUAAGCUCGACUCAUCGUCUUGCAAGGUUGCUUCAAUUGUACUCGGCACACUCGGAACGUGUACGCGAAUUUUCAAGUAAUCUGUCGCAGAAGCAGCGAUCAUCUCUUGUGGCCGACUGCAAGGCAGGACGAAUACAGACGGUCGUGUGCUCUGAUGCGAUGGCUCGUGGAAUGGAUAUUGAGGAUGUCGCGAAUGUUGUAAACUACGACGUGCCUACAUUUAUCAAGACGUACAUUCAUCGUGUGGGGCGCACAGCGCGUGCUGGUCGUCACGGUCGCUGUGUGACACUCGUCAAGAUGGGACAGAUGAAAGCAUGA